CUUUCGGGAUAGAACGACGACGGAGAGUGGAGGCGGAGUAAGAGAGCGAGAGAUGAUACCGCAGCAAUGGACGCCGCCGUGUGGGAGUCAAUGCACGCACAAGUACGCAGCUCUUACGCAGAUUCCAUGGAGAGUGUUCUGCAAGAAGGGAUGUGAUGCCGAUAGUGACUCAUGGGAAGAUUGUGUAUCAGACUGCAGUGAGAUAUGCUACAAAGACCCUGUGCUAAAAGACCGACAAUGGAGUGCAUAUAUAGAUCGUUCUCCUGGAGCUGCCAGCUACUCUGAGGAAUGCUUUCACGCGUGUGUCGCAGGCUGUGGUUACAAGUUUGAAGUUGGAUCUGAGGAAGUCGAUAAGGUGAAACCAAAAAGACCACCGCCACCACCACCAAAGCCACAGCCACCACCAAGAGCUAAAGGACCAAAGCAGCCACCUAGUGAGGAGGUUCCUGGAACUUCUGCUUGACAUCAAAAGCUUUGGAACUAACUUCUUAAAACUCCUCAAUUUUUUUUGGUAAUCUAACUUGUGAGGGAGUAUCACUGUUCAGAGUAGCAAAUUUCAAGGCAGGUGCUCCAUUUUCUCGAUAGUUUUU